AAGGCCGAUGAUCUAUGUACUGCAGAGAUGUUUUACAUGAAAAUAUUACUUGUUUAUCACAUUGGAUAUAAACUUGAGACAUCCUGUAAAAAAAGCGAAGAAAACGGAUUGAACCAGGCCUUCGUUCACAGUCGUCUUUGUCUUCCCUCAGAUCUGAGAUGUGGGCUUGGCCUAUGGUAGUAUAGAUCUGGAAACCAAAAAGUUAUUCCUGUUUCUGGGUGACUGCUUUAUUGCAAAAAGAGGAAAUGAUGUUAGACAUAUUUAAGAGUCUGGCAGGUCACAGCAGAGGAUCACUUCUCCUUUCACCAUGGAGUCUCUUGCUGAGCCAGUGCAGACCUUACUCAAGGACCUCAAAGACAACACCAAUACCUUUAUUUUCACCAGCCUGAUUUUUUCCUACCAAGCAUUAAAGGGAGAAUUUCCAUGCAUCUGUGCACCCCAGCCUUCUUUCUGCUACGGUUACCUGUUCAUGCCAUUUUUUAUCGUAACCACCUUGAUGCUGGCAACUGAUGCUCGGUUUGGCAGAGUGAUAAGGUACACCUGCUGGACCUGUUCGAUUAACUUCAGCUCCAUCCUGGUCCUUCGCUCACUGAAGGCGCUCUGUGUUGGCCUGCUGUGGAUCGCCGCGGUCUUUAUUGAUGCCGAAUGGUACGUUUGCUGCAUGAACGAGAAUUCCAGGGCUGUGGCAGAAUUGCAAUGUAAGGAAAAGAAGGACGUCACUUCUGGGGGUGAACCUGUGGUGACCAUCAAUCAAAUGAUCAUAAAUUCAAGGUUCUACGGCAUGAUUUUACUCUGUGGAAUCACCUUUGUGGGCUGCAUCGUGCCGCCGUUUUGGCGAACUUUCCGUGCUACUUCCUACUCUGCCUGUGGUGAUUGCCAGAGUCUGAAAUGUUGCAGCAAAGAAGUAGAUGGCGAUGAGCUGAUGUUGGAGGUUGGAGAAGAGCUUGUGUCCAAGGCUCAGAGAGAAAUGAAGGAGAAAGAGAUUAAUGACAAAGUGCCGAAAGGAGAGUGGGUGGAUUAUUUACAAUUUAUGGAAAAAAUGAUCGCACCAGUGACGGGUUGCAGAGUGCAGAGCAACAACCAGCAGAACCCUGAGGAAUCGGUGCCUCUCCAAACAGUACAGAGAAGUCCCUCGGACAGCACCAGGAGGAGGGACGACAUGAUCUAGAGACUUCUACAGUUUCCACCCGUCUCAUGUUUACAUCAAAUCAUGACGGAGUUCCAGUGAUUUCUGCAGAAAACUUUAAAUCUCUUAAAUGAUGCCGGUUUAAAAAUGUCCUUUCCUCUAAAUGCAUUGUAAGCUAAAGUGUCAGUAACAGGAUGAGUCCGUUUGAAAUGCCGACGUUAUUCUUGGAUCAUGAAAAUGAAAUGCUGUGCAUUCAUGUCUCAUUAAACUCUUCACAGUCUUC